GAUUUUGAUACCCGACCUGCCACAAGCCGAUUCCAGAUUUCAAGGAGAAAAUGUACCAAUUUAGCGCGCUAUCUGUAGAACAUAAUUUGCGGUAUCCGCGGAUUACGAUUUUGAGUUAUUUCUGUGUUGGAAACCGACUUCUAUCAUGGCGCGAUUCGUAACAGUAUUGACGUUGGUUUGCUGUGCUUGGGCAGUGAAGGCUUUAUCGCGCAAUGGUACCGUUAUUGCGGAACCGCACUCAAUUCCUUAUCAGGCGGAUCUUAUAAUAGAAGUCAUAGACGAUGAUACACGUUACCGCACAGGAUCGUUAAUUUCGCCCAACUAUGUCUUGACAGCCGCCAAUUGUGUUGUCGGUUCGUCCAACAUAACAGUAGUUAUGGGUGUAUAUAACGCCGAGGACAAAGAAGAACCUACACGGAGGACGUACGUAGGCGACACUUAUGUUGUUCAUCCUUCAUACAACCAAAGCACAGGCUAUCACGAUAUUGCCGUAAUUCAUCUGAAAGACUCGGCUGAAGUUAAUGAAUUCGUCCAACCUGUGAUUUUGCCGAGACAUCGCUACAAGGACCUCAUCGGUCAACAGGCACAAGUGAGUGGAUGGGGAAACGUGUCCGCCGGUUGCGAUUUGGAACUAUCAAAGAUGCGCUACGCAAAUAUUACCAUCGGAUCUCCUUCAGAUUGCCUUCCACAGUUUCCACACCCCGAUUCGGCUCAAAUGUGCCCCGUACCUUCUGACGCACUUUUUCAUGUCACCGACUUUGGUGCUCCGCUCGUCCUGAAUGAUGUCCAGAUUGGUAUUGCCGCUGCGACCAGUUUUACCAACGGAAUAGAAAGUAACCCACAAAUCUACACCAGAGUAGAUCACUAUUUAUCGUGGAUUAACAACAAUACAGAUGUCAAAAUUAAAGAGACUUGCUAAUCGUGAUGUGUUGUUUCAAAGUUAAUGUGUUGAAAAAGAUAUUUAUGCCUUUACUAUAGUUAUCUCUGUAUUAACUUGUAUUUGUGUAAAAGAUCGCUACGGAUUUGUAAUGAAGAACUGGCUUUUUUAUUGAAUUAACUAAUGCACUUACGUAAAUGUUUAUGGUAUUGGCAUUAUCAAAGGUCCAAGAACGCAAUACAUUCAAUAUGAAGUAAAGUUACGAGUCACCGUGAAGAAUUUAUCAGAAUCCUACAAGAGAACGUGAAUCAAGCUCUAUGCUACUACACGGUACAGCACGUACCGGGUGCAAGGUGUGAAAUCGACCAUCAACACGUUAAUAUUACGUAAAAUAUAUCCUUCCAACUAGGGAGAGAAGGAGACCACAUUUAAAAAGCACGCUCUGAUCAGCAAUACUAUAGUCGAACCAGGGCCACCACAUUCACCGAGUUCCUCGUCGAACUCCGAAAGAUAGAAAAUGGAGCAUGGUCCGACACAGCCGCCACGAACUCCAUCGAUCGUUCAGUCAGCGAUCGAACCGAAGUAGCGUUACUCAUACUGCCAUAACAAUGGAUACAUAAGGGCAGAGUGUCGCAAGUGCAAGAGGCAGGAAUCCACCACCUCGACCGCAUCCACACCUGAAUGUGCACGAAGGCAACUACGAAACAGCCAAUCAGCUGUUACAGUUGUGGACAACCAGUGGUUAUGCUCGGCAACUGCCCGAAAUGAAAUCCGCCUUCCAACUCACCAGAACCACUUUACUUCCUUCCUUCCUAACGCGGAAAGGAAUUAUUCGUCGACGGAACGCGAAGCUCUUGCUAGAAGGAGUACCUACGACACUAGGUACGGACCACCAACCCCUCAAGUGCCUGAUGUCUAUCAAGACCCCAACUGGCUGACUAGCUCCGUAGGCACUAUCCCUCUAACCGCUCAACCUGACCUUGCAGUACAUUCCCGGGAAACCCAACGUAGUGGCCGACACGAUAUCGCGCCCACCAUGUCCGCCUCGUGUAGACCAGAUGUCCGAAGUCUGUCCUGCUGACUAUUCCCGGUGAACUUAACGAGGCUACCUCAUGAGCCAAAGAGUGCUCUACCGAUAUUCCCCUGACAAUCAGUGGGAGGAUGCCCAACUUGUCGUUCUCGCAGCAGAAAGACAGCAAGACUAUCACGACGCUCCAAUAGCAGGACACUAUGGUGGCGAUCGCACUCAU